AUGACUAACGAGUUCGAUCUCUCCACAACCGGUUCAGAGCAAGCCGAACAGGUUGCCGCCAGAUCAACAGAUAUGACCAGCCAAGAACUUGCUCUUACAAAUCUCAUGGCAUCGCUGAACCUCACAUCGGGUCAGCUGGCUAACCCGGACCUCAAGCAAGCCGCCGUCACAUUGACAGAAGCUCUGGCAGCAAUUCAUCUGACCCGUGAACCACAACCCUUGCGAAUUGAUGAUGACUGCACUCCAGCAAUGCUCGGAUCUGCUGCCCAUGACCUUCGCGCUACCAGAAACCGCUUCUGCAUCCAAAUGGCUAGUGAGCAGCCGCUGGAAGAGUGCUUGUUCUUAGAGAUAAGCGAGCGACUCGACAUCGGCGAACAGGGGUUGGAGGGUGCCGAUGACGAAGCACUGGAGGGCGCAAGGUGUGCCAAGGUGUCCGCUCUGUACUCUAUGGAUGAGAUUGAGCGUAUGCUGAAUACCUGCGAGGUGAGUGUCGUCGCGAACGAAAAGUUUUGGGAGCUUUACCAGACAUUGUAA